AUGGGGGUGAAGCGGAGCCUUCAGAGCGGGGGCACUUUGCUCAGCAUCUUGGCCAACGUCCUCACCGUGCUGUCCACUGCCACCAACUACUGGAUCCGCCACCACCAGGGCCACAGUGGCCUGUGGCAGGAAUGUAUCAAUAACAUCUGCUCCAACAUCCCCUGCCAGACCACACUGGCCGUAACCGCGGCGUGCAUGGUGCUGACCGCUGGCUUCGGCGUCGUGGCCAUGGUGAUGGGGAUGCGGAUUACAUGCCACAAGGGCGAGCCGCUGCGGGCCCGGACUACGAUCGCCUUACUCUUCCUUAGCGGGCUGCUGCUGCUGAUCGCCUUGGUAGGCUACACGGUGAAGAAUGAAUGGAAGGACGACGUCUUCUUCUCCUGGUCCUAUUUUUUGGGAUGGCUGGCUUUACCCUUCUAUAUUCUCGCGGGCUUCUGCUUUCUGCUGGCGGACAUGAUCUUGCAAAGCACCGAUGCCAUCAGUGGAUUUCCCGUGUGCCUGUGACCGCGUCUGCCUGGGACAGAAUAAAG